AACUGAUUAUUGUAAAAAUCUAUAUCUUGUUAAUUUAACCAUAUUUUCAGGAUGUUUUGAUGGCGCUGAGUCAAUGGUCACCGUACGAAGUACCUCAGAGCCUUUGGGCUGUGAUAGAAUUGUAUGCCCCCACAGUUGAAUUGUCAGAAAUCAAGCACAUUAUUGGAGAUGACCUGAUUGAGCAAUCUAAUGAGCUGUUCGAAGAAAUUUAUUUGUUGCUAGACAUUUGGCAGUCAGAGGCACAAGAACCUGCUCCAAUUAAGAAAAAAGACAGUUUACCUGAAUCUCCCUUCUUGAGAGAGCAAUUUGUAUCUCGAAUACAGCAAUUUGUUGGUAAUCUAGAUGCUACGAAAAAUCAUCUUUUGCAGAGUUUCCUAAAUGAGAGAAAGGAAGUUUAUGAGUAUGCAACUCAGAAGGCCAAGAGACCCAGCACCUCAGACUCCAGUAAUGGGCGGUUAACUCCCUGCAGGUCUGUAACAGGGAAGAAGUCAUCAACUUCUACUGACCUCUCUCUGUACAGAGACAGUAUGUCUGCUUUUGAAAUCGACAAGAUCGUGACUGAUAUUCAGGCAGCAUUUCGUGACGAGCACAGUGUGUUGAAAGAAGAUAUUGAGUUUCUUCACAGUGCAAUUCAAGAUAUUCACAGUGAAAGAAUAGAUCAAAAUCCUCAGGAGCCAACAUUAAACGAUCUGAAGCUGUUUGCUGAUGAUUUGGAGAAGAAAGUGAUUGACUUAUCGCAGCCAGUAUUUGCUAGUCUGGCUGCGAAAAAACCACAAUCUCCACAACUAAAAGCAUUGCCAAAGAUACCUCGAAGAGGAGGCGCCGAAGAUGAGUUGAAAAAGUUACCUUCUUUGCCAAGUGGCACAAGACAACUUUCCUGGAGACAAAGAACGCUGAAGAAGGUUAACAUAACAACAAAUCAAGAAACGUUCAUGAACGAUUUGGAGCUCAGAGGUGGAUCCCCAUCUGGUUCUAAAGAAAGACUUCUCCGACCUACGCCCCCUCCUAAACCACCUCGUCCAGCAUUCCUUCAAAGUGGCGGGCGCACUAAACAGAACUAAACUAUUUUGCAAAAUGUGCUAAUUUGAUAAAAAUUAAGGCUUAACUACUUAAGUACUUAAAUGAUAUGGACAGAAUUACGUUGGUUGAGUGACAGUUGCAGGCAAAGCAUUCUUCAGAACACCACAAAGAAGACAAUGCAGAUGAAAGUUUUUGUAAUUUAUUGAGUUUGAGUUUAAUAACGUGGAAGUCAUUUUAAUGCGAAGAUUUUCAUCUUUAGUAAUUUUUGCUAAAUUGUACAUAAUACGAUAUUUGUAUAAAAAUUCACAUAGAGUAAGCGAUAAAUUAUUUAGACGAUGCAGAUGGUUUAAUUUAUAAUAAUAUAUGCAGAUCAAUAAUUAGAAAUGUGAAUAUCCAAACAGCUCAUAACUUUGCCACGAUUGCUUCCUUUAUCUAGAACAAUUUAGAUUGGUUCAGCUCCAGUAAAGGUGCUGAUAGAACCAGUUAUAAGGUGAUUAAACCUUAAAUAUCUG